GAACUUCGUUCAAUUCAUAAUAAUUUUUUUCUUUUCCCAUAAUAAUUCUGAAAUUUAUUUUGAGUAACGUAGUUAUUUAUUUAUAUAACUAAAAUUAAAUUAUAAAUCCACAACUCAAUUAAUAUGGAUGAAAAGCCAAAAGAUUUAUGGAAGUAUGAUUAUAAAUCUCAGCAUCAUGUUACAAUUCCUACUAUUGAUUCAACUAUUGAAUCGGAAAAUGUAGAUGAAAGAGUAGUUUAUAUAGAAGAUUUAGAAAAAAGAAAACAAGCGUAUGGAAUAUGUGGAGAAUGUAAAGAACCUGGCACAGGAAGAGAUUGGUGUCAAUCUUGUAAUGCUAAAAGAUUUAAAGAUAACUUUAAAAAUUGGACAAGUGGAAAUAAAGUUAUUGAUGAAUUUAUACAGCAAUCACAACUUAAUGCUGUACAUCAUAAAAAAUAUCUUGAAUGGAUACCUUAUGAAAAAUUUCAAAAUAUCAUUUAUAUUGCGGAGGGUGGUUUUGGUAAGAUUUAUUCAGCUGAAUGGCCUGAAGGAUUUAUUUUUUAUUGGGAUAUUAAAAAUCAAAAGUGGUAUAGACAUAGUUGGAAUAAAUAUGCAUUAAAAAGUUUGAAUAAUUCUUCUGAUAUAUGUACAGACUUUUUAAAUGAGAUUUAUCUUGAAGAUAUUGUUCAAUGUUUUGGAAUUACUCAAGAUCCAAAUAAUAAAGAGUAUAUGAUGGUUAUAAAAUAUUAUGAUGAUGGAAAUUUGAGAAAUUAUUUAAAUAAAUCUAAAAAUUUUAUAUAUUUUAAUUUAAAAAAUGAUCAAUUACGACAAAUUGCAAGAGGACUUUUAGAUAUUCAUAAUGCUGAAAGAGUUCACAAAGAUUUUCAUUCAGGCAAUAUAUUAUUUGAAAUUGCUCCAUAUAUAAGUGAUUUAGGAAUGUGUCAACCAGCAAAUACAAAGCAAACAGUUAAAGAAGAAGGAAUUUAUGGAGUAUUACCAUAUAUGGCACCAGAAAUGAAAAGGCAUACGGUAAUUUCAUAUGAUCAAUAUGGCAAAUAG